GCGGCCGCCCGGUGCCGGGGGAGGGCGGGGAAGGCGCACCUGGCCGGCGGCCCGGCGCGGCUCACCUGGCCGGCGGAGGGGUGCGCUCUCUGCCGUCCCCAACUCGGACCUCCCCACCUCCCCAGGCGCUCGCAGCCCCUCUCUAACAGGUGGCUCGGUGCCUGCCCCGCUCCCCGGCGGCUCCUGCGCCUCUCUCCUUCUCCUCGCCGCCGCCUAACAGGUGGUGGUGCCGCCGCCGCGCCUUCCUCCGUCCAGCGGGCAUGGGGAACCAGGUGGAGAAGCUGACCCAUCUCAACUACAGGGAAGUUCCUACGGCCGACCCGACAGGUAUGGACAGAGAUGAAGGGCCCAGGAUCGGGGUCUCCUACAUCUUUUCGAAUGACGAUGAUGAGCUGGAGCAGCAGCAGGAUUCGGUGCAUGACCUGGGGGGUGAGAACCCUGCCCUGCAGCCCUACGAUCCCCAGCUGCACGAGGUGGAGUGCUCAGUCUAUUACCGGGAUGAGUGUAUUUACCAGAAGAGCUUUUCAGAGGAGGACACUCAGCUAGAGGAGGGUGAUGAAGGAGGUGGGGGGCAUCUGAGCACCUACACCCCGGAGAACCUGCUGAAUAGGUGUAAGCCAGGUGACCUGGUGGAGUUCGUGUGCCAAGCCCAGUAUCCGCACUGGGUGGUCUAUGUGGGGGAUUUCCAAGUUGUGCACCUCCAUCGGCUGGAGGUGGUGAACAGCUUCCUCACCGACGCCAGCCAGGGCAGACGCGGCCGCAUUGCCAACCAGCUGUACCGCUACAAACCCCUCAGCCCGGCCGCGGUGGUGCGCAAUGCCCUGGAGCAGGUGGGUUGCAAGGAUCGGGACCUGAGCUGGAGAAACUCGGAGUGUUUUGCUGCCUGGUGCCGAUACGGCAAGCGAGAGUUUAAAAUCGGCGGGGAGCUGCGCAUAGGCAAGCAGCCCUACCGAUUGCAGAUCCGGCUGGGGGACAAGCGCAGCCACACGCUGGAGUUUCAGAGCCUGGAGGAUCUGAUCAUGGAGAAGAGGAGAAAUGACCAGAUUGGUAGGGCUGCUGUGAUCCAGGAGCUCUCCAGCCACCUGCAGGCUGCAGAGGAGGAGGAAGAGGAGGAGGAAGACCAUCAUCAUCCAGUUUCUUGCAGAAGGAUUGUCUGCAAACUGGAAAGUGGAAUGGGGAGAAAAUAAGAUGCAGAUCUGUACACAGAACUAAAAUUGUGACUUGAGGAAGGGUCACUCUUGUCCAGUGGCUGCAUGGAAGCGUCACCAUGGAUAAUGUGAGCAGCAUUGUGUCAUUCGUACACAGGACGUUGAUGUGAGAUCAAGGAGCUCUUCCAAUACUCAGAUUUGGAAGAAACUGGACUUUUCCAGUUAAACAUUAACAAUUAUACAAUUCAACACAAUUUACCUGGCUAAAACUCCACAAAAUUGAAGCACUCAUCAAUAGGUAAUCUCACCAAAGUACCAGGUUCUGAAUAACAAGCUGAGUGCUAUGAAUAAGGAACAAGAUGGUUAAAUUCUUUCUUCAGCCUCUUGCACUGCUCUCCUUUGACUGAUUCUGCCCUGAGACUAGGAAAGGGGGCAACUAAACACCUUUGUUUUCAUGUGUCAAGUAGUCACUAAAUGCAAUUAUGUUUCUCCUGUUCAUUUAAGAUGUACUACUACAUCUUAAGAUGUACUACUACAGUUUUAUCAACAGGUAGGUACUGCCAUUGAUUUAAGCACUGUUUUAUCAAUACAAUUUUUCUAUAUUAAAUAACAACAGUCUUUGGCAGAACUGGGCAAAUGUUCCUCGUUCUUGACAAAGCAGUCAUCUCAGAUGAUGGCUUUAAAUUAAGAGGUUAAAAUGUUAACAAUUCAUGAAGUAGAAAGAAGAUUGAGAAGGUGCCCUGUUGUGUACUCAGUGUCACUGUGCCUAUUGUGGAAAGACAAACCAUCUUCUGUAUUUGGGGCUUGCCAAAGUAUGCAAAAACGAGUCUGGACUGGCUGGAGUUGAAAGGAGGUUUGGGUGGUGUGAAUUCCCUUGUUUGGCUCAGCCUUGCAGCACUGAGAACCAUUUUUAUGUAGAAACAAUGAAAUGUUCUGCAUGGAUGUCAGACUAGCAAAUCCCCUUGACUAAGACCAGAAAUAUGUUAAACAACAAGUUUUAAAGGCAGAAUUGAAC